AUGUUAAAAUCUUCAUAUCUGAUUCGUCAUUCAUUAUUUCAAUUGAAACGUUUUAUUCAUUUAACAAUACCAUCAUUAACAGCUGGACAAACACAAUAUCAUGGUCAAAAAAAUUCAACUUGGUGGGAAAAAUAUGAAACACAUGUUGAUCCUGUUCAAACACGUACAGAUUUACUUAAUAUGGAUGAUUUAGAUGAACGACAUUAUCGUCCUAUUAAACCUGUUAUACCAACAUAUCAAUCAUUUUCUUGUUUUCAUGAUCCAAUUAUAUCACGUGUUAUUGGUAUUUUAUUACGUGAAGGAGAUCGUGAAUUAGUUGAAGAAUUAAUGCAUAAAACAUUUCGUACAAUAAAAUUAAUACAAAUAGGAAAAUAUAAUCGAGCUAAAACACAAGAAGAACGUGAUUCAAUUGAAUGUAAUCCAGUUACUUUACUUAAGCAAGCAAUUAAAAAUGCAACACCUAUUGUUCGUCUUACACGAAUAGCUAAAGGUGGUACACUAUAUUCUGUACCAAUACCCAUGUCACCAACACGUGGUACUUAUACUGCUAUUCGAUUAUUAAUUGAUAGUACACAUGAUGCACGACCACAUGAUCAAAGAUUUUGGACGCUAUUUGCAAAAGAAAUCAUGGAUGCAGCACAAAAUCAAGGACGAACAAUAAUUGUGCUUCUUCAUUUGGUAAUUUUUUCUUUUGAAGAAAUGAACCAAUUUAUUAAUAAAUUAUUAGGAAAAGAUGAUGAACAUUGUCAUUCACAUAAAAGUGAUGUAAAAUGUGACAAUGAAACAUGUAAUUCAUUAAUACUUGGUGGUGAAAAACUUGGUUGUAAAACUGAUAAUAAACCAAUAAAUAUUAAUACAGAUGAACAAAUUAUCGAAGGUCGAACAAUACAACAUGAUGGUGUCAAUAUUAAAUCGACUGUUUCAUCAGAUGUUAGUUCAACUGUAUCAAUUGCUAAUCAACAGAAACUUACUGAUCUUGUUUCGAAAUUAAGUUCAACACAUGCACAAAUCAAUGAAUAUGCUAAUCGACAAACAGCAAAAAUCGAUGUAGAAAUUCAACGUGAAAUCGAUCUGAUUGUUGCACGUACACGUCAACAACAAGAAGAACUUCUUCGAAAAGCGAAUGAAGAGACCUAUCAAAUUGAUGCUGAAUAUCGUUUACGAUUACAAAAAAUGGUUGAAGAAAUUGAUGCUAAUAAAGCAAAACGAAUAGCUGAUAUUGAAAAAGAAUUAAAUAAAUUACAAGGUGAUAUAUUACAAGGUGCUAAAAAUGAUAUUGAUCUAUUAAAUAAAAAAGCAGCUAGUCUUAAACUUGAUAUUUUACAAGAAGCACAAUCAAGAGCAGCAUUAGAAACAAAUGAUCUUACAAGUCAAGCAAAAUAUUUAGGUCAAGCAUCAACUCUUCAUCAAUCAACAGGUACAACUACUAUUAAAACAGAUAUAUCAGCAGUAGCAACAGCUAAUGAAACUAAUGGCACAAAAAUGACAGGAAAAGUAUCAACUAAAGAUACUCAUGUAUCGACUAGUGGCGCUCACAGAAUCUAA